AUGCUGGUAGUGAGAGGCUUUAGGUUAGUAGGAUUGAGCAGAAUGAGGAGAAUUAGAGUGGUGGUUAUGGUGCCACCACCCUUUUGGUGCCAUUCUUACCCUUGGCUCAGGCCAUUUGCUCAAUCUCUGCUGAGGUUCCUAGGCUUCAUCUUCUCAGGCAGUGCUGCACUUCUGGCCUUUGGUGGAAUCUUUGUGAUCCUGAUGUACAUGAGCUACAGAUAUUUAUUUCGAGAAUCUGUCUUGGCUGUCCUUGGCUCUCUGGCUGUUGUAGUUGGACUUACUUUGCUACCUACUGGAGUCUUGGCUAUCUCCAUUUCUGCUAAGAGCUCCCACUAUAAGCAAGGGGUUCUCAUGUACUUGGUUCUGGUCCUUCUUUGCCUAGAAGUAUCUUCUGGAGUUAUGGCACAGCUCUACUCUGUUCAGAUGACUUCUGAGCUGAAAAGAACUAUGGAUCACCUUGUCUCUCAGUACUAUGGGACACACACCCAGGCUCCUGGAAACAGCCCCAUGGAUGCAGUACAGAGGAAGCUGCGGUGCUGUGGGGUCCAAAACUACACAGACUGGCUAAAGGCAACAGCUGCUUCUUGGCAUCUUCUGAAUGAAAAACCUCGUGUCCCUGAAAGCUGCUGUAAGGAGAUAUAUUCUCACUGUGAGGGAGACUUAGGCCACCUGGAACAGCUUUUUCAGGAAGGCUGUCUAAAGAAGCUAGAAGACUGGUUGUGGGUUGUCAUGUUCUGUAUGUUUUGGUGUUCUAUUGUGGUAAGUGUUUUGGGGAUGUUGGCUGGUUUUUGCAAUGGCAUUCUCAUGCAGAUACUUUCCCACCGACUCCAAAUUCUGGACUCAUUUACCUUCACAUGA